UGGUUUAAAACCCAGUCGUGUCAUUUCUUUACGCCCACACAGCGCUGCAGUAGUGCAGAUGCUGUAGCAAGCAAACCAUAUUACUGACAACGGCCAUUAAAACUCUUCCCACACCAGCGUGGGCUGCAAAGAUUCUCUGAAACUACAGUGCAUGAGUACUUUGAAAAUGAAAUGAGUAAGGAACAUGGAAGGCUUUAUUCUACUAAUCAAUAAUCGUGUGAAGUCUCUAGAAGUGUACCACUGCUUCCUGAUGGACACUGGCUACCUAAAGGUACUCAAAUGGCAGCAACGGUAUCAGCAGGAGCAGGAUUGUUAAAGGAGCCUCAGUUUAACAUCCCAUCUGCAGGCUAGCACAUCCUACAGUUUCAGGUACUAAAACAGAAGUUGAAGUAUCAACCAGGAAAAUUACAAUUUCUCCAAGGCUGAAGAAAAUGAUUAAAUAUUUUAUCAUUCUAUACCAGAAGAACUAUCUCAGGAAUGGUAAUAAAAAUUAUGGAAAGAAAACCAAACAUACGAUUUUCUUUGCUCACUUUUUUAAGAAGAUGUCCUAGGGAAGAAACCAAAACAGGUGAUCUUUGAGAAGAAUGUUUGCUCAAAAGGGGAAUGCUUGAAUCUUCAAAUCUCAUGAGGCCUAUUUAUCUUCCAAGAAUGCUGGAAGCUAUGCAAAAGAUUCUGAUAAAACAUGGAAUAACAUCUGAAACUAUGGUAACAGGUGGAUGGCUAAACUCAGCAAAGCAGAUGGCAGCAAUUCAAGAUGGAGACUAAGAUGCAGGAAAAUCCAUCCAUACCAUCAAGUGGAGUCCCUUAUUUUCAGUCUGUCCCAGGUAGUGUGGUGCAGCUAUCAGACACUAAUCCAAGUACCAUCAUUUUACAGACUGAACAACCAACUCAGACGGUGUUUGUGAAAACACUUACCUUGCCACUGCUUCACGUUGUUCAGCCUCCUUCUUUUCCACCAAAUCAACAGCUGCAGAGUGACAGGAGUAACUUGGGUCUAAGCAGUGGGUCAUCUGUUAUUGUAACACCCCUGCUGCAUUCUGAAAGUAUAGGCCACACUCAGACUCUGACUCAAAAGCAAGGAGGGCAAACUGUAACACUGAAUAUUGUUGGAACUUUGCCUGUUGUGCCAGAAACAGGGCUCAAUGCAAAUGGAGUUGUUACAGCUCAUUCAAAAUCAACUAAUGCAGGGAAAUAUACCUGUAAACAUUGUGGGAGGGACUGCCAGAAGCCCAGUGUCCUGCAAAAACAUAUCAGGUCUCACACCGGUGAAAGACCCUUUCCAUGCACCACUUGUAAUAUUGCAUUUAAAACACAAAGCAAUUUGUACAAGCACAGAAGAACACAGACACAUGUCAACAAUGCUCGACUGUCAUCAGAAUCAGAGAAUUCCAGUGUCCUGGAUGAAAGUGAAACAUUACUGAGUGAGCAACAGGAUGCUGCUGGAAUUGGCAAAGAGAAGGAUAACUCCAAGACCUGUCCCCUUAUUCCAGGCUCAGAAAAGAACUUACAAGAGAUUUGGCAAACAUGUACUCUGCCUAGAGAUGAAGACCAAGAACUUGCAUCCAAAGAUGGUGAACUGCACACAGAAAAUACAUAUCUGAUACAGAAAAAUCCUGGCUCACCAAACAUCUGUCCUGCAUCUGCUCUACCACCAAUUAUUAGCCCAAAGAAAGUAACAGAAGAACAGAAAACACCAUCAACAAACAAGCACAUUCAGUUACAAAGACAACAGGCAACUUAUUCUGGAAAACAGUGGCAUCAUAAAUCGUCAGAUUCUAGUCCAAGGAAAUGUGAAAGCACAGAUUCUGGAUACCUUUCCCACUCUGACAGUGCAGAACAGCAGCCAUGGUGUUCAAGUCCCUUCCAAAGUUUGCAGGGACAUAGCUCAGAGUCAGAGCCAGAAAAAACACCUAGUCUUAGGAGCAGCAGUUCUGCAUUCAGCAAAGUAGAAUCUGAGUUCAGUGGCAAAAGAACAACAAUUUCAGCUGAAAAGAAAAAGCUUGAGGAGCACAUUUCAAAACUGAUCUCUGAUAAUAAAGCAGUAGUUGAUGACAAGCAGCUAGAAAAUGUGAGACCUAGAAAGACAAUUCUUUCAAAGCAGGGAAGUAUUGACUUGCCAAUGCCUUAUACAUACAAAGACUCAUUUCAUUUUGAUAUUAAGACUCUUGAUCCAAGUAGAAAGGUAAACCCAUCCCUAAGUUUAACAAAAUCUACAAGUCAAAUCACAGAAAAAUCAAAAGCAGUAUUUUAUUCUGUACCGACCCAGUUUUCUAGCAACAUGGAGAGUAGUUCCAUAAGAAGGAGCAAUUCUGUAUCAUUUAAUGAAAGACAUAAUAUUGUACAAGGUAAAAUAAACAGCUCAGCUCACCCUUUUCAUAGUAUACCCUCACAUUGUAUGAGCCCUACAAGUACCAUUACCAGUCUAACCACUAAGUCAGUUGAUAUUCAUGCCUCCCAUCACCGAGGACUGGUCAGACAGAUAGCCAUAGAUGAUUUACUAACCAGCAACAAUGGUGGUGGUGUUUCUCAGCCUGAUGGAAGUAUAUCCUCUGGAGCAUCUGAAACCAAUGUGCCAAAUACAAAGUGCCGAAAUGUUACUGUAAAAUAUAGUCAAAGGAAGCAAAAAAUGUUUUCUCAGGAUAAGUGGUUAAUGUAUGGCAAUGAAAGUUUUAAAAAAAUAUACCAGAAAAUGAAAAACAGUGAAACUGCAAAAAAACUCAAGCACAAAAUUAUGAAAGACAGUGAUUCUGUAUCUUUGCCUUCACAAACAUAUGAAAAAAUUGAAGAUAAAUGUGACAGUCUCUCUACAUCAGAAGAGCUUAAGACCACAGUUACUUGCAGCUGUGACUGUUUACCUGUAGUUAUGACACCUCUGCAUUUUCCACUAAGCAACUCAAAGAAGCAAAACAUCAGUAAUGAGAGAACAUCGCAAUCUCCUCCGAGCCAAAACAGCAAUGGUAUUUCUGCAGAGACAAGCAUUCCUUCAUUGCAGCCUGCAAUAUCAAAGAAGGAGUUUGAGGAUCGCGCAGUUAUUGUUGUGUCAUCUAAGAGUAAUGCUAGUGCCAUUCUGACAGAGACAGAUUCAGAAGAGAAAGGAGAGCGAUUUCACAGUAACAACAAAACCUUGAAAUUACAGCCUCAGCUGUCUGCUAGCUCAGUAACUGUAUCUAGAAUUCAAUCAGGUCAUCCUUCUCAAGUCAAAGCUAAUUUACCACACCCACGGUUGGUUCGGCAACCAAAUAUUCUCAUUUUGGAGCCUACAGUUACCCAGAAUAACAAGUUUCAAAAUGAUCUAGCAGCACAAUCAGUAAUGCAGUUGCAGAAUCAAGGCAGUAUGACGGCCCCAUUAGCAUCAGAAGAGUUAUCAGAAAGGAAGAAGCUGAAAGUUGAAGAAAAUAAGCAACUAACUAAAAGACUGCCUCAGGCAUCUAGUACGCUGGAGUUUAAUGUCCUUUCACAUUAUCCCAGCAGUAAUUCUGAAGAUUACUUUGAUGAAACAGAUCCUCAUAAACAGACAAACCAUUUUAAUGAAGAAGAUAUGAAAAAAAUACAUGCUUCUUAUGAUUCAGGUGAAUUAACCCAGUUCACUGAAAAGAGUGAACAAGUGAACACUGUUGAGAAGAUAGUUGUAAAAGAAACAAAAUGCAACCAGUCUUUGAAUGCACUGAUUCCAGAGUCAAACAUGUCUGCAACACUGGGAUACUCUGCCAUCAAGGGCCAUGCCAUUCACAAGAAUAAAAACAAUUUAUUGAAAUGCAAUGAAUCUGAUUCACACAAGAUUUCACAAAGCUACAAAGUACAAGAAAAUAAGCCAAACCAUCUCUCAGCUGAUUCAUCUACCACUAUAGUAAAACAUUUUAUCAAGGCAUCAAACAGCCAGGUGUUACACAAACAGGUAAUGUGUGCAAGAGGUCAGGCCUGGGAAACAUAUGCAACCCCUAACACACAGCACAAUGCAUUUGCCCCUAAAUAUCAGCUUAAGUUACCUGACAAAAAAUGUUCCGUAAAAGACAGACAAAUUAAUUCUCACUUGGAGCAGUCAGCUUUGAUGCCAGAAAAUUCUGGAAUCCAAACUUCAACUACUGCCACAGCACAUGUUUUUGAAAACUCAGUCUCUAGUUGUCAAUCACAGGCAUGGAUUCAAGAAACAGGGAGAGAUAAUGAGGGUAAUUUUAAAACUGGGGCCCAGUUUAAACCAGAACAGAAAGCCAGAGAAUGCAGCAGCUGUUUUAUUGCUGAUGUAGGAAGUCAUUUAACCAGCACUUGUGUUGCUUACCGAGGUAAAUUCUCAAUAUCAUCUAUUAUUAGCUGCCCAUCUCAGAACUUACGAUGUACUCCAAUUUUUCCAGUAAAUUCUCCUUUUGAAGAAUCGUUGUCUUCCUUCAACAAAGGGCACACCGACUACAUUAACCAAGAAACAAUAUUGUGCCCAUCACAUCAUCUUAAACGAAAUUCCUCUAACCAAGAAACAACAUUUUGCCCAUCACAUCAUCUUAAACGAAAUUCCUCUGAGUUCUGCCCUUUUUUCCAAGGAGCUUCACAGCCUGUACAGGGAAGUCAGUAUCAUCUGGACACCUUUAGCGGCGAACACUUGUGUCAGUUUAAAUGUGUUUCAGACAGUAUUAUUGUGACAUGUACAGACUCCACUACAUGCCACCCAGAGACUUUCAAAUCAUGUAUGGACUCUGCCACCAAAGUACCUUCACCUCCCAGUAGUGACUUUGAACCUCUCAGGUCCUUUUAUUCUCAGACUGGUGUAAAGUUAGGUGCAGAAAGUGUAACAAGCAACUCUCGGUCACACAGCGUGACAUUGCAGCCUUUGAGUGCAUCAUGUGCGACUACAACAAAAGUAUGUUUUGCUUGCACAAAUGGGGAGCCUAGUCUUACAUGGUGCUGUCUAAAGAGAAGCUUGCCUUUACCUACUGAACAAAAAGAAACAAAAAACUCUGCAUAUUUUUCCCUUCACACUUUCAGUGAAAGGGUGAGUGAGACCAUAAUGCCAUCACAGUAUGAGAUUGCAUUUACUGGUUUAAGGAAGACUUCUGAAAGUACAGCUUGCACAAUUACAACUACUGCAGGAUUAAAAACUAUGGAUUCUUCCAUCACAUGGACAGCAGAUAGAGAGAAGGUGGCAAGAAAGGCUCUGGUAAAAGGAGACACAAAAUCAAAUUCAUAUCAGACAGAGGAUGUGCCGAGUGUCAGUAGUGACAGAAGGAAAAACUGGACUAAAUACACACAGAGCCACAUUUGUCACAGCAAAUAUGUUAAAACCACUUCUAAGAGGUACAAACCCCAUGAAGUGCAGAUGAAAACAAAAAGGUUGUGCAGGGACAGGAUUAAAAAUAAGAUGCUGUGCCCAAUGAAGAGGAGCUGUCAGAUGCAAAAAUGUGUCAGUACUAAGAGAUGCAAGUGCUGUGACUUCGCUGCGCAGUCUAAAGGGAAGAUGUUACGACAUGUAAAGGUGCAGGAACAUAGAAAGAAAUUCAAGGCAGACAGACGAAGGAUGUUCGAAGACAAGGCACUUAAUGAAAAUGAUGGAGAAAAAGCCUGCAGACUCAACAAGAGAGCAGCAGUGGUUCCCAUCAAAAGGCAUUUGGAAGAAUUCAGAAAAAGUAAAGAAUUCCAUUCAGUUGAAACAAUGGGAGACCAUGCCAAUAAUUGCAGCCUGCAGGAACUGUGCCUUUUCCCAACAACUAGUCAUGCUGAGCUGCAGUUUACAACCCAAGUCGAGAUGAGCAUUGAGACAUGCUUACAGCCCAUCUCUUUGGCUUCCCCUGAUACAAACCAAGUCAUGGAAAGUGUUCAGAAUGAAAUGAAUCCUUUGAUGAUGACAGUUGCAGGUCUAGAACCCAAAGUACCUGCACACACAUCUGAAACAUGCACAAAAGGUAAAUCUGUGAAUGUGCUUAAUCUGCUGCUCUCGCAGCCAGCAGAUGAAAAACACGUGCCACAAAAAGUAAACAUUCGGUCACUUUUGCAAGGGAGGCAGUCACCAUUAUUCACAUCCGAACAAAGUUCUGUUCAUCAUGUCAGUGAAAAUGAUUAUAUAAAUGAUGGAAUGCAAGCUAAGGAGAAAAAUAACAGAGCCUGCCAGAAGACUGCAAACACUGCUGAGAAAAAUUAUGAACCUUCUCUAAUAAGCUACCAAAACCAGGAAAGCACUUAUUCAGAGUCUGUAAUCUGUUCACAUGUAUCAGUGGAAUCAUCAAAGAGGAGAAGGAGUUUAGGAAUGACUGGAAGACAAAUUCACUUGGAAUACAGUGACAUAAGCAGUGAUGAUGAUGAAGGAAGACUGAUCAUUGAAAUUGAACCACAUGAGCCCAAUACGGCCACCCAAGAAUAGACAGGAUGGUUCAGAAUCAUGCCACCCAUGGAAAAGGAUGUAUAACUAAGAUCUAAUGAGAAAAACACGUCAGCUACCAUGACUUUAUCACAUUUGUCUUAAUUUUGUUAUGAUUUGGCUCUGUCACUCUGGUCCAGGCAGUCCAUAGCUUGCUGUACAGGAAAAACAGUUAAAGAAAAGGUUACAUCCUUUUGAGUUUCUACCAGUUUCAACUACAGGAUCAGAAAAUAAAGCAUUACUUCAUAAUUAUAGUGAUGUAUUUUUCAAGCAUCUGUAAAAACGAUAGUCAUCCACUUUACAAAUGAACUGCUUAGGAAAGAUCUUUCAUAUGGAACAUGGCAUGCAACAACUGACAAAAACAAACAGCUUUUUGCUUUUCUUUAAGCAUGAAACUACUGUUUACAUAUCCCAUUAGUUAAUGACACUGUGUUUGUGAAAAACAGGUGACGUAUGCACUGCUAUUUGCACUCUGAAUUUAUCAAGCAACUCUUGCCAAACCUUUUUUAUUUUUGCACAUUUGAAGUAUAUAUUCCACAGUUGGUUAGUAAAUACUACAUUGUUUUUAGCACAGAUGUUUUUUCAGUGUUUUGCUUUGUUUUUCAAAGUUUGUUAACAGUGAAUUCCUGAUGCUAAGAAUUUUUGGCUAGCAUUGUGUUGUACUUGACAUUUUAUACAGUAUAUGCUAUUUAUUAAAGCAGCUGUUUUAUAAAUUAUAUAAACUAUAAUUUGCUCAGUUCA